AAUGUGUGUGCUAUGGACUAACAUCCCUUCUAGGGUACUCCUGAAUCAAAUCCAGUAUAGGACCUGGAUCCACCGCAACCCUGAUCAGGAUGAAGUGCUUACCAGCAUUUAACAGCAUCAAUAACAGCCUAAAUACAGAUUUUCUUGACCAUUUCCCCCUUUAAUUAUGAAAACGUUGUAAAAAUGAACAGUCUUGCAGCUCCUGCUGUGUACCUUUUGCAUUCACAAACCUUAGCAGUGAUAUUCUCUAAAACUACAAUUCCCUUGUUCCGUUUCCAACAUGGCGGACUGAGAGCUGGGUGCGAUUUCUACAGGAAAUACUUUCUCAUACGGCCGUGUGUUUGUAAAGGGCUGCCAUUUUACCGAGCUUACGGUAAGAUAUUUCCAGUAACAGCUAUGUAAACUCUCCAUUCAGUCCUUUGUGCACAGACUGCACUAAACAAGUUGAGCUCACUGAAAUCACUUUUGUGCAGCUAGUUGACUCUGUUUCAUGUCUUGAGAGUUCAUGUUCUUAGCUACUUCCAAACUCGUAGCUUGCUAAAGCUAAGCUAAUAACUAUUUGGCUCAUUAGUUAGCCGAUAAUAUUUGGUUAACGUCGGUUUCUUUUUAUUUUUUAAAUUUACGGCAAAGUGUGUAGCUAGCUAGCAGCACGAAAUGCACUAUAGUCGCAAUGGGUUUAUAUUUGCCUAAAGGUUCCUAGUUAUUCACACAUUCAAUAACUGAAACAAUCAAAUACUAAAAAGGUUUUUACAUAAAAGGGUCUAAAUUAGCUGACGCGCUUGCAUGUAUGGCCUCAGCCAACUAGCUAACUACAUUUUAUGUGUAGCUAGCUAACCUAGAGAUUAGCUGUUACUAUUAGAAAUGAUGUAAAGCUGUAUACUUCAAAAAUAAUAUCACUCAGCUAGCAAAACAUUUCAGUCAAGGUCCUUUAGUUGUAUUGACCUGUUAGUCAAGAUGAUGAAUGAAUGAUGUAUUUUACUGUGUUCUUUUCAUUAAAUAUAAACAUUUUAAGAGACGCAUGUGUUCACCUGUCCCUGUACCGUUUCAGGAAAGGACAGCUGAGGAAAAUGAAAGAUCAAGUGGUUCAGCUUAUGUCCAGCUCACACCAUGAGCAUUUACUCGAAGCAAUGUGGAAGUUUAGAGUCACAGGGAAUCUGUGUGAUAUCACAGUGCACGUGGAUUUUCAAGGGGAACUGGAAGAAUUUACGGCCCACCGAAUAGUCCUCGCUGCAUCUAGUGGGUAUUUUAAGACCCUCCUCUUAGCAGAGGAGCGAGUGGAAAAAUUAUUCGUAAAUACCGUUUCACCUGAUGUCUUUACCAAAUUCUUAGAGUAUGUGUAUUCUGGAAAAAUGGAAGUUGAGGAGAGCCGUCUCGACUGCAUAUUGAACAUGGCAAAGCUGCUCGACUGCAAAGACCUAGUGGAUGCUUGCAGUACCAAACUUCUGGAUUGUAAGUCUGAACGUGCCAGAGCCAGUGCCAGCAAAGGCAAAUUACUGAAAGAGAGGUCAAAAAAGGCUGUAAAGAGAGCACUGGAUACAAGGAAAAAACUCCAAAUUACACUGAAGACCAUAAGCACCGAGAGGGGCGACAAAAUAGUGCUACAGGGCAGGAGGAGCAGCAGGUUAGCUGGCCGCCGAGUUGUUGUAGACUUCAACAAGAAGAAGCCGUACCGCAAAGCACUGUUUCAACCUGAGGCUUCUGAUGCUGGUUUAAAUCGAGACAAAUCCGAGGCGAAACGAGAGGCAUCACUAGAAGUUGGAGAAACCGAAUCAGAUGUUACUACUGAUCCAGGUGUACCCCAGAAGGAGGCUCUGUCUGACAGUGGCUCUGAAUCGCCAUGCACUUUCAAUCGUGACGUGUCAGAAGAAGAACUUCAAGAAUCUGACUUCAUACCAACUGCUGCCGUCGACGAAACCGAUGCAGCUGAAAAGGAACGCAAGCCGGUUGGCUCUAAGUAUAAUUGUGACAUGUGUAUUCGUUCAUUUCGCUACGAGAAGAGCUACUUAAAGCAUGUUAAGGUCAGUCAUGGGAUCCACACUGACACGACUUAUCGUUGCGGCACCUGCCAGCAGACCUUCGCCAACCGCUGCAACCUGAAGAUUCAUGAGCGGCAUGUGCACAACGACGAGAGGCUCUUUCUUUGUGGCAUGUGUGGUAAGGCCUUCAAACGCAAGAAGGAUGUGACGAGGCACAUGAGGCAGGUGCAUGAGGGUGGAACAGAACGACACUACUGCCCGAUCUGUGGCAAAUCUCUGAGUUCGAGAACGGCUCUCACCCUGCAUGAGAGGACACACACUGGGGACAAACCGUACAGCUGUGAUGAGUGCGGAACCCGGUUCUCCCAGAGCUCAGCACUCAAGACCCACCAGAGGAUCCACACUGGUGAGAAGCCUUUUGCCUGUGACCUUUGUGAUGCCAGGUUUACCCAGAACCACAUGCUGGCUUACCAUAAGCGAUCCCACACAGGGGAGAAGCCCUAUAUGUGUGAAAACUGUGGGAAAAGCUUUGCCUCUAAAGAAUACCUGAAACAUCAUGCAAGAAUCCAUUCAGGCUUGAAGCCAUACAAGUGUGAAAACUGUGGAAGAGCAUUUGCACAGCGUAACUCACUCCAUCAGCAUAUGAAAAUUCACACAGGUGAGAGGCCUUACCACUGUAAAGACUGUGAUAAGCAGUUCACCCAGCUGAAUGCACUUCAGAGGCAUCAGAGGAUCCACACAGGAGAGAAACCAUACAUGUGCAGCAUGUGUGGCCGAACGUUUACGGACAAAUCUACUGUCCGCCGACACACUUUGACCCACGACAAAGAUACACCUUGGAAGAAUUACCUUGUUGUGUUAGAGGGUAAUGUAGAGGAACGUGUUAAGAAGCCAAAAGGUUCGUCUGUAAAGAAGGAGAAGGCAGCAGUGAAUGCAGAUAAACAUCAGGCUGUGGAGGAUCUGACUGACACUAAAAGCCAGGAGACAGUGUCUGUGCCAGAGGAGCCAGUGAGCAUCACUGGAGACUGGGCUGACCCUGGCACCAUCACUGUGGUCAGUCAUGGGACACUGGGAAAUCUGACCGUUAUCCAGACAGAGGUGCCACCUGGUACACAACUGCAGCCUAUCGUCACUGCAGACGGAUCCAGUGUCAUUUCACUGGAGAGUUCCACUGUCAGCAUCCCUGUUGCUCUGCCUUUCUCCAUUCCUAUCUCUGUUGCACAUUCCAUCUCUGGCUCAGCCUCGCUGACCGGCACGGUCGCUCUCAGAGAACCAGCCACCGACACCAUCUUGGCUUCUGCAACUUCAGCAGCACAUGUAGCCGCAGUCACAGAAGGCAUUCUCUCUCCGGUCGAAGUCACUUUAUCUACAUCUAGUGAGUGUGUAACAACACAGUCAGAUGUGGAGCAGGUCGAGGAGGCACAGCAGUCAGAAUUACAGGAGGGAUCGACUGAGCAUGUACAGAACACAGAAACAGUAGAGGCCAUGGAGAUCUCUGCAGGAGAGUAGUUUAAGGAUAUUUAGUAGGUCUUAUCUGUACACUGUAUCAAUUAGAUCUUUGAUUGGUCUCUUCUAUUUAUUGUAAAUAUAGUAAUGCCUAUUGUAUAGAAUAUUAUGAAUGAUAUUUCUCAAAAGAAACAUUCCUCUUCCAUUAAGAACGAGGAUAUCAAAUCCAAGAUCCAAUUAUUCUAAAAGGAUUUUUUUUUUUUUUUUAGCUCUGUGUUGUGUGGCUUAAAGAUCUUGUUCUUGUAGAAGUUUACUGAAGAAGACACUACCAGGAGGUUUUUUUUUUGUUUUUUUUUUUAAUUAUUUGGGAUAAUAUUCCUUAUUUUUCAUGUGGCAGUCAGUCAUAUUGUAUAUCCAUUGCACAAAUAGAUCAAUCGAUUGAAAAUUAAUGAGAUUUGGGCAUCAUGGUGAGUGUUUUCUAUAUCACUUGGCCACAGCCUUUCACAUAGUACAGGAUUUAAUCGUUCCGUACAGGAUUUCAUGGAGUUUUUUUGUGAUUGUUGCGGCCAAAAAUGUUGCUGUGGCUUAUUUGCAGAGUUUUUUGUGGGAAACGAUGUGAUUUGGUGAAAUUGAAAUUGUACACGAUUGUUUUGCUUGGUCUUUCACAGUGAUGUUUGUUGGUAAAUGAGGCUUUUUAGCUGUACUAUCUAACAUGUUCCACACACGUGAAUCGAAGAGGGCUUUGGCUUCACACAAUCUGUGGAAAAUCUGUUGUCGUUUUGAAAAAUUGCAAGCUCU